GUUACACAUAACUGAUUAUUUUAAAUGUGUUUCAGCUCUCGGUGAUUCUCAUUUACAACAUCCACCCAUAUGCACGUCACAUUAAAGCAGCACUUAAUUGUGCCACGUUAAAAGUGAGAGGCAAAGCAACCUGCCUCAUCUCUAACACAACUUGUUAGUGGCCAUUAAAAAUCAUUUAGUGCAGCCCAAGAGGAAUUUCUUGGAAGCCAGGCUCAAGUGAUCUACAUUUGGCUCGUAGUGAGAAAUACCUCCUCAAUGGACUUUACAUUAAGCAAAUGAAAGUGGGAUUGAUUUAGCUACAAGGCUAGAGAGGAUUUGAUGACCUUAUAUAUAAUGGAGAAUACUUUUACACUAAUAUGUCCACGUGUCUCACACUAAAUGUCAAAAAGAAACCGGUAAACCAAAGAGAGCCCUGUAUACAUUUCCAUUUUUUAUUUCCAAGGACAAGCAUUUCACAAUAGACUUCAAGAACACUGCUUGAAGGAGGACAAGCUGGCCAUGGUGGUCUCAGUUGUGUCCUUCAGAGGUAUAUCACUGUCCAGCAACCACAUUUGUCUGUGCGUGUCAGUGAUUCAUCAAUAUGUCUAUGCCUUGACAGAUUACUAUUUCCUGCUGUGUCACACGCUCUCUCUUUCUUUCUCUCUUUUUCCUUCCAUUUAUCUAUCAAUUUCAUCAAUUUUGUCUCUCUGUCUCUUUGCAAGGACACUCCUUUAGCAAAUGAAGUUAAGUGGCUGGCUGGAAGCAUUGUGCUGAUAGAGUACAAUCUUGAUCCCAGUAACACUUCUAUUUCAAAUUAAACCCCAAUCCUUUAAGUUAACCAUGACCAUUAUUGUACCAUCAACAUAUGCAAGCUGUUAAAACACAAAAGCAUUACUUGCUAAUGGCAUGACUCACCCAAACCUUUUUACUGUUUUAUACUCCUUUCUUUAUGAGACCUGAUGAAGUCAUUGUGUCUUAAGAUGUAUUGAAAAUGAGAUUGGUCCAAUCAAUACUGCAGUAUAAUGAAUGCUUUCUAAACCACAACAUCUUGAUCAUUUAUUGACUGCAAAGUCUUAUCACUCUUCACUCAGUGGACUGCCUCACAACAUACAAAAACCUAAGAGAGUACCUUUAUCCACCCAGUGGGGCCCUCAAGGAUAUUUCUACGCUAUUCAAAUAGCUCAGUAUGGCCUGAGUCAUUACAGCAAGAACCUGACAGAGCGUUCGCCCCAUGUGGAGGUGUAUGACACAGCGGAGGAGAGAGACAGCAGGUCUAGCGCAUGGAGCAUCCCCAAGGGUUGCUCUCUCACCAGAGUCUAUGACAAGACCAGAGCCACAUUAGUUCGACAGUUCAGCACUGCAGAUAAUUCGGAGGGCAUCUCGCUUCCCCUCGGCAACACAAAAGAUUUCAUCAUCUCUUUCGAUUUGAAGUUUACAUCCAAUGGUAGCAUCUCCGUUGUCUUGGAGACCACAGAGAAAGGGCCUCCAUUUGUUAUCCACUACGUAAGUACCACACAACUCAUUUCAUUGAAGGACCGUGACAUCACCUAUGGAAUUGGCCCUCGGACUGCAUGGACCACAGUCACGCGUGACCUCCUCACUGACCUCCGCAAAGGCAUCGGCCUGUCCAACACCAAAGCGGUCAAAGCCACCAAGACUAUGCCUCGGCGUGUCGUGAAGAUAGUGCUUCACGGCCACGGCACAAUAGACAAUAUCACAAUCUCUACCACUUCACACAUGGCUGCGUUUUUCGCCGCCAGCGAUUGGCUGGUGCGCAACCAGGACGAGCGCGGUGGUUGGCCGAUCAUGGUAACUCGUAAGCUCGGGGAGGGUUUUCGCUCUCUAGAGCCCGGUUGGUAUUCUGCUAUGGCACAAGGGCAGGCUAUCUCUACGUUGGUACGUGCCUAUCUGCUCACAAAAGACGACACUUACCUAAAGUCCGCCUUGCGUGCCACUGGACCUUUCAAAUUGCCCUCGGAGCAGCACGGCGUCAAAGCUGUGUUCAUGAAUAAAUACGACUGGUAUGAGGAGUAUCCCACAAUCCCUAGCUCCUUCGUCCUGAAUGGUUUUAUUUAUUCCCUCAUAGGCCUGUAUGACCUGGCACAAACAGCGGGUGAGAAACUUGGUAGGGAAGCAGGCCAGCUGUUCAGCAAGGGGAUGGAGUCCCUCAAGGUUAUGCUGCCCCUGUACGAUACAGGGUCGGGCACCAUCUACGAUCUGCGCCACUUUAUGCUGGGCACGGCGCCCAACCUGGCACGCUGGGACUACCAUACAACGCACAUCAACCAGCUCCAGCUGCUAGGUUCUGUUGACAACUCGCCCAUCUUCAGGGACUUCAUCAAGCGCUGGAAAAGCUACCUGAAAGGAGGGAGGGCCAAGCACAACUAAAAUGGAGCACAGGGGGCCUAUUAAAUCUCUUUCAAAUCCUCUUCCUGACUGCCACCGUAAGGACCAGAGGAGGCCAAGUGUAAGACUUCUAGCCAUGGUCUGCUGCAGUUUGUUGCAGUGGAAAAAGGACUGAACACUCCGGUAGCCCUCUGAUUUUCUGUUUGAGACAGUAAUUGCAGUGCUUCUUGUGUGUGUGUGCUAAGGUUUUAAUUAGAAACAAACACAGCUGCUUGCAGCAUGUGUCUGGUUGAGGAGGGAAGGGCUUUGGUAUUUUAUAUUCAAAGCUUCAGAUCUGCAGGUCUGAGUGAGAAUGUGUCUGCCUGAGAUUUGCCACAUCUGGGCACACUUCAGUCGAGACGAGAUGAGUGCAAAGCGGCUUUCAGAAUCUUCUUCCAAAAUAACGCUCAAAAAAUGAAUUAGUCACCAGACAGGCAAAAUCUUUCAAAAUAAGCAGUUUAAAAGGACUGUAGAGAAAUCAACUUUAGCUGUAAUAGAUGUUUGAUAAGAUAUACGUUUAUAACCCAUGACUAGAAAACGAAGGCAUAUAAGCUACAGGGGAAAAUGUUGAAGAUGUCUACGAGUGUAGCAUUGCUUGUUUCAGAGAGCAGUAAUAGUUUACUUUUUCGGAUUGAAGUCUGGAUAGACACACAACACCUCAUGUUCAACCCACACUUCAUGAUGCAUCUUUAACCCUCACCACAAUCAUACAGUCCUGCCUAUUAUGUAUUCAAAGCUGGUUGAAGGUGCAGAAAUCUUAAGUUAUUAAGAUGUAGACUGACAUUGUACUUAAAGCUUUGAGUACAUCACAUCAGUAGCUUUAUCAGAAUUUUAAGGAGCUCAGUACGGUGGUGUUUAUCCCUGUAGUGGAGAUCUGAAACCUCAGUUAAAGUAAGUUUCAUGUAGACCGGUCAUGCACUUUACUUGUGUGGCAUGCAUGUGUGUGCGAUGAGGAUGCCUUUAUAAAAAUACUUGUGAAGAAUGAUCAUUUUUAGUUUAGUAUUUCAUUUCAUACCUUAAUAUGAAUCAUUUUCAACUUCGUUUGCUGAAUCCAGUGUAAUUGUAGCUAUAUUCUUUUUUUGGUGACUGAAUUUUGAGCAUAUUUUUUGACUCUAUCUUGUUUGGUUAAUGUUGAACACCAAAAUAUAUAGAGCAAAACCAUGGGGAUAUGUUUACUCUCACUCUCCCUACGUCGACGAAAUAAUUUAAAGUCCUCCCUGGCCAAGCUUAAGAGCGUGGAGACCGUAAGAUUUUAUUUUUAUUUUUUUUAGCUUGAAAAGGUUUUGCUAAUGUUGUCCUGAUGUUUCCGAGGGAUUAGCCACUUAAAGGAAUAGUCUACUCUUUUGCCAUAUCAAACUAUGUUAUUACCU